AUGCUUCAGGCAUCAUCGGACGACAUACAGACCACUGUGGAUGGUAUAAUUAAACGUUUUAAAAGGGAAGGCUCGAACAACCCGCGAAUCGCUCAUUGGUUGCUAAAUAUUCUUCAAAUGUGUACAGUUCAUUGUACAGAAACGUUUUUGGAGGAAUUAAACGAUGAGGAUAUGUUGCGUCCAUUAUGUAGAGCCCUAUGUAAGGAGAAAUACAUGAAACACUACGAUGAAGUCGUACGCCUUAAAUUGUUUACGUUAUUGAAGUCCUGGCAUGAAAAAUACCAAGAGUUUUUGCCCGACUCUGCAUUCACUGAGACCUAUGAAAGGGUUUUUCGGGACAGAGAUCAGACGCGCUUGCAGCCACUUAAUUUGCAUUGGUUUCCGAACCGCAAUAUAAUAAACCAGACGUUAGAUUCCUUCACGUACGACCUAGGUAACGUUGGAAAGGAACUUUUGGACCGUGGCAAUAAAACCUUUGAGGACUUGAAAUUACUCUGCGCUGAUCCUAAACAUCACAACCUCGAACAUGCUGAGGCAGACGCACAAGACCUACUAAAUACGGCCCAUAUGACCCUUACACAAGUGGAAGCUAAUGUGCGGUUUUGGGAGGACAUUGUUCAACAUGCCGACAUUGACGAUAUAUCUCUGCGAGCCAUAGGUGCCAGUGGGUACAAGCUUCGUAAGCUGAAGUAUGAUGUCGAGCAAAUAAUUGAAAACAUAAAGGUGAGUGAAAAUCAGUAUCAAUAUCUGUUUAUUGAGGGGAAAUUUGGGAGUUUCGAAGUGGCCAGGGCUCCGACCUCCAAGGUGAUACUUUACCCCUGGAAGGACAAGACCGCGGCCUCGACCGCCUGUCCACACGGCCAGUAA